CUUUAAGAUAAAACAAAAUUGAAUCAUUUUAUCUCAAAUUUUUGCGGGAUGUUGAACGUCAAAGUUGAAACUUUGUCUCAAAUAUUGAAUAAUGUAGACCUUGCAAUACAGAAUAUCCGCCAAGAAGAGCGAAAAUACUAAACUAAAUAGUACAACUAUAAAACUGAAACAAUUAUUACGUCACCAUUAUAAUUCAAUGUAAUUAAUUUAUUACAUGCAAGCUAUUCGAAUUUGCUUAUCAAAACGAUCUAGACACACAGGACCACCCAUUUACUACUCUAUUCUCCACCGUGUAUUAUAAGAUUAUGCAAACUCCAUUGACAUUUUUACAAAUCCUAAAUAAUAAAUAGGCACACCGCGGUCUAUAUUUGUAGUAACAAAAAGCGCCUUGAUCCUUUGAUUCUUUGAGUUCAGUGUUGUCUACUUAUUUUUCACUUAAGUUUGGCUGCAGGGUAAAAUUCCAUCAAGAAUUCUCGAUUUAUUUCUGUAAAACUAAUGAAAUAAUACUGACGUGGAUAAAAAUCUUGAUUGAAAAGGUUACGUUUGUGAAGCUUUUACCCAUAGAUCAUGACUAUGCAAGCAACAAUAUUUCAAAAAUACACUGAUGGCUCUUAAUAAAAAACCCAAAACAGGACUAACCACUAUUCUCAGAUAAUAAACAAAGUGAUUUAAGAUUAUCAACAGUUCGCUAAGAGUCAAGGUGACAAGAUGCAUCGUCUGUGUUAUUUCUUAUUGUUUUUGAACAUUUUAAACAUAAUUAACUCUUGUGAGUACGUGCAAAAUAUCGCAGUGAAAUACAAGCGCCAUUUCAGUGCUAGUUUUGGUAAGAUAUCAAUUAACAAUCAGUGCAUUAGUGAGUUAACGUUACACGUACCCGAUAUUAAAACGAUUGUUGUGAAAUGUGGGCAAAACAAGUUAUCACAAAUUCAAGAAAAUUUUAUUGGAAAUAUAUCUACGUUGGAAGUCUUGAAAAUCAAUCAUUGCGAUAUUAUUAGGAUUGAAAGUGGAGCCUUUGCAAACCUGCCUCAAUUGAAAACGAUAAUUAUUGAAAAUAAUCCUUUAUUGGAACAUAUACCUAAAGGACUCUUCAACCAAUUGAGCCUAAAACAAAUCUUUCUCAGAAACAAUCGAAUCAAUUCUAUAGAGGAUGAGGCGUUUGCAAAUUUGCCCAGCUUAACCAUUAUAAAUUUAUCAAACAACAAUAUUAGGCAUAUGAGCAAAAAUUGGUUCACAAACACCAGAAAUAUCAAAAAUGUUUUUAUUAGCAACAAUAAAAUUCAGCAAGUGCCUCAGGAGAUGUUCAGCGGCUGGAGAUAUGCAAAUUUUUUCGAUUUUAGUUCAAACUCAAUAUCCAUAAUCAACGAGGACGCUUUUAAGGACGUUGCCUCAACAAUCCACUAUUUUUCAUUAGCUUCCAAUAAUCUCAAACAAAUAAACACAACAACCUUCCCAAAAAACUUCAUUAUCGACUUGGACUUGAGCUCAAACCUAUUCAAUUACCUUCCGCAUGCCUUCUUACAAAACAUCAAUGUACGACAAUUAACAUUAACAGCCAAUCCGUUUAAAUGUAACUGUUUAGCCGAUAUCAAUGGAGCACUGGCGAGUAAAGGGGUCAAGCUUUAUUGUGGAUUUUGUAAUAAAAAUAAGGCACAUUGCAAAGAAACUUCGAUACCAGUUUGCGCCCAUCCGAGUCAAAUGGAAGACAAUUGCGUUGAAAGCGUUGAUGAUGAGGCAACAGAAAAACUACUGGGAUUCGCCAAGGAAUUGGGCUAUGAGGAUUUCAAGGGGCUGGUUGCGGAAUGUAAAAAGAAUAUUUAGUUGAAUAAUAAAGUGAAUCAUUGUUGGAUGGAAUAGUGUUUUUAUUUUUGACUAAUUUUAAACAGGUUAACUUGGAGUGUUCCAUUUGCUAUAGAAUGUAAUUUAAUUAAAUGAGACAUCU